AUGGCGGCUCCGGUCAGUGCUUUACCGACACCGUUGCCGGCAGCGACAUCGCCCUUUGACCAGGCUCUCGCCAGGUUCAAGGGCCAGUUGUCCGACAAGGAAAUCGUCGAUUUCCAGCUCACUUCGGCUGAGGACCUCAAGAGAGCCAUCCUUCAACUUCAGAAAACUCAAGCAGGAGAGAAGCGCAUGCAAAAUCUACACCGACUCACAGCAUUCGUUGAGGCGAUGGACCAGUUUGACAAAGUUGUCCAGGUCUUUCUCAACGCAUCAGACUACUUAGGCUUCAUUUGGGGUCCCGCCAAGUUCAUGCUUCUGGUCGCCGGAUCCCAUGCAGAUGCUCUGAACAUGCUCCUCGAAGCCUAUCAGCAGAUCGGAGAGCACAUGCCGCUACUUCCACAGUAUGAGUCUCUCACCAUCAGCGGCCUUUAUCUUCAUCAAGUCCUGGGCUUUCUAUACACGGACAUUCUGGAGUUUCAUUGCAAGGCUUUGAAACAUUUCCGACAGCGAGCGUGGAAACAACUCUUUCACGCGACAUGGAAGACCUUUAGAGCCAACUUCGACGGCAUACUGUCCAACCUACGAUUCCACCGGGAACUUCUCGAUAGUCAGGUCACACUAGUGGGGGUACAGGAGACUGCGAAGGCUACACAAGAGCUGAGAGAGAUGAGAAGGUCUCUUGAGGCCCAGUGGCAGCAAACCCAGAACGAAGAAGCCGAAAGGCGAAAACGCGCAGUUACACGGUGGCUUUCCGUCGAAGACAUCACGAUUGAUCAUGACGACGCGCUCGCGGUGCUCGAAAAGAACCCACAAAGCGGUUCGUGGCUAUUCCAGCAGGAUCUGAUAAGGGACUGGCUCGAUCCACAAUCUUUUGCCGAGCCGCUCUUGUGGAUCAAUGGCAAGCCGGGAGCUGGCAAGACAAUACUCGCUUCAGUCAUCAUUGAAAAGUGCCGCAGCAUUCCCACUGCUGCUGUGGCGUACUUCUACUGCAAACAUGAUCGGCCCGAUCGUAACAACUUCGUCGCAUUCUCAUGCAGCCUCAUCCUUCAACUUUCCUACCUGAUGCCUUCACUACAAGCUUUCAUAGUGGAAAAGAUGUCAUCCAGUGGGACUGAGAAGUUGAGGUCACCCAAGACUGCGAAAGAAAUCUUGGAGGUCGCCUUCAAGGCUGUUGACUGCUUUUUCCUCAUCAUAGAUGGUAUCGAUGAGUGUCCUAAGGCACAGAAAAACGAAAUAGGGUCAUGGGCUCGUUCCUCUUUCUCCAGUUCCUUAUCAAAUCAGUCCGAGAGCCUGCGGUGCUGUUUUCUUAGCCAGGAUGACAAGGAAACAGGAAGACUCUUCAAAGCAUACCCCACUUUGAGAAUCACUACUCAACACAACAACGAAGAGAUUGCCCACUACUGCCGUACACAGGUGCAAGAGAUUGGUACGACAUUCAGACUCCAGCCUGAAGAUAUUAGAGGUUUGGCGGCGCUUGUCUGCGAAAAGGCUGAUGGAAUGUUUCUCUACGCGAAGCUUGUCAUGGAGAAUCUUUCCAACCAGGUCUCUAGAGCUAUGCUGAAGAAAGAAAUGGGGAAGAUACCACCUACUCUCAACGAAAUUUACGACCGCAUACUACAUCGACUACUCCACGAAUCCAGCUCCCCAGAUCAACAGAUAACCAAGACACUGCUCAGCUGGCUGUUGUGCGCCAAAAGACCCCUCAAAUGGCACGAAAUUCAAGGAUCCAUGUGCCUGGAUUUGGAUGACGGAUCGUUCGACCCGGACAGAAGACUCGUCAGGGAUAUCAAGCACUUCUGCGGAUCGCUGGUUGAGCUGCGUCAAGGGGGAGCAAUAGAUUUUGUGCACCUCACUGCGCGUUUCUUCCUCCAGGAUCAAGCUGCCCUUCCUCGACAACUUGAGGAGCUCAACAUGACCCGCAUCUGCUUCUCAUGCCUGACUCUUAAUUCACAUGACCCGGACAUCUCCAACGAGUUUACUCGACAAUGCGUCCUCAGAGGAGAAUACGCCUUCACUGAGUACGCCAUCUUGCACGCUUUCGACCAUCUUUACGACUUGUGUUUGCAAUUCACCGCAGGUUCAUGUUCGGAUUACACCAAUAUUUGCGCUACUCUACGAACGUUUCUCGCAAGGCGCGUAAACGCAUCCACAAAGCGAGUUCGACCGGCGAAAUCAGUCGACAACUGCCUGGCUAUAUUCCAAUCGGAACCUUUCUUCCAGGAUCUCCGACAUGCUGCUGCGGACACAAAGCAGCUUCCUGAUAAACAAAGCAGACCCACUGACGAUGGGCCGUUGACUCUGGCGCUUCAGGCACAAUUACAAUGCGUUCGCAGUGUCAUGGAGAAGAUGAUCACCGUAUCUCGUCUAGGUGAUCAUCUGGAACCGCUUUAUGGAGGGAAAAUCUUCAAGUGCUCUGACAUGCAGUGUCACUCAUUUCAUGAAGGUUUUUCUAAAGAAGCGGCCCGCGAUAAGCAUUGCUGGGACCACGAAAGAACAUGGACUUGCUCCUGGUCCGGAUGCCCGUCAUCUGUCAACGGCUUCAGCUCCGCGGGAGAACUCGAGAAGCACAAGCACAGCCACCAUGUAAAAUCCCAUGACGAUACCACCUUUCCCUGGAACGGCAACUUGGCUUCGCUUGAUAUCCGCAAAGAAAUCCGGAACGGCAACUUCGCAGCGUUCGAGCUCUGGAUAUCACAAUGGGAAGGAAAACUCACCAGAAAAGACACCCACCUAUGGUUUGACGACUACAAAAUUGGUAAGGAUAGCGGGGUUUUACACACGGCGCGUCAAUCAGGGCAGCAAGAGAUGCUAGAGAAGAUGUUUGAUAAGAUUGACUGGUCCUUGGUUGAACCCAGAGAUGCCAAAUUUUUUUUCCAGCGGACCCUGCACUCCCGCGAUGAACGAACGGCGGAGAGAUUGUUGAAGGUUUACGGAAAUCUCACCGAAGCCAAUAUCUAUGGCUUCCUAAGAACGGCUACGAACCUUGGCUUAGAUGCUACAGCCGCAGAGCUGUUGAAAUACCCUUCGUCAGCUUUGUCAAAUCCCAAGAAGAAACAAAGACACACCGGAUAUCUGAACCUCGCUAUUCGAGAUGAGCGCCGAGAAAUUGAGCGACAACUACUCACUGCAUAUCGGGUGGAUCCUAACUUGGAAGAUGAUAAAGGUCGCAUCUCGAUGAAUGUAGCAGCAGAGUAUAAUCGGACGGACAUGGCCAAAUAUCUCACCGACACAAUGCAGUGCGACAAAUGGGCAACGGAUAGGAAGGGCCGUGAUGCGCUCUCAGUGGCCGGUCGGCUAGGCCACGAGAGUUUCAUUCUCUCAAUUUUCCGCGAUGAGCAGCAGGAACCAAAGGUUCGCCUAUGGUUAAGAACGGCACAAUUUCGCUCCGCCGUCUGCAACGGCGAUGACCGAAAGGUUUUGGAACUUCUUGAUGGCGGAGACUUGAACGUCGAUGAAGUGGACUCGGGGGGCAACUCGCCUUGGCUCUGGGCGGUCAAAAAAGGCCACGCCCGGAUCGUGGAAAUUUUCCUCGACAGGCGCGAGACGUCUAAAGUCUCAUUCAAGAGGAGGUACAGAACGGGUUAUGAUGAAAAAAAUAGCGGUGGUGUUGUCCAUUGCGCUGCCUUCCAUGGAUUUGAUUUAAUUCUACGAAUUCUCCUCCAGAGUUCAAAAUUCGACUCGGAACUCGACCGGUCCGGUGGAAUUAUGGGUUAUGGAAGGGUAACACCGCUUCAACUCGCCAAAGAAAUGGGCCAUGAAGCAGCUGCUCAAGUAAUCGAAGAGUAUACGAGCUCGCUGAGAAACCGGCAACCAAAGCAGCCGCCGUACGCCGAGCCACCAGCACGAGAAGCGUCGACUCCAGAUUCCAGAGCGCCUUCCCCGGCAGCAAGCGACGUCGACGUCUCAACAUCGCCGUUCUCCUUGUCGGAGUUUUUCGUAUAUAGUACUCCAUGA